UGAUCGACCCGCUGGCGGCGCUGACCGGGACUCUGGACGACGGCUCUGGCAAGCGGCUGAAGCUGUGCUGGUUCUACGCGCACGGCAAGUGCACCAAGGGUGACGGCUGCUCGUUCGCCCACGCGGCCCCGCAGGCCAGCGAUGCCGCAGAGCGGCCCGCCCUGCCGGAGCGUCGCGAACAGCCCUGCCGCGAAGCAGCAGACGGCCGAGGAUCGGACUCGCGGGGAAGCGGCCGCAGCACGCAGUGGUGGAGCUCGCAGGGGCUCUGCCAGCCAGCUCGGCGCCGCGUCAAUCGCCGACCGCCGACAGGUGCGGUGGCUGCACGAUGGCAGCCUCAGACGCGGGGGUGA